GCGCAACAAAUGCUAGCACCUACCCCGGUGAUCUAGAUAUUUCCUGACCUUAUCUCCACCCACCAGCCCGCACCCACCCAACAGCCCUCAUACCAGCACUGUGUCUCGCUUGCCCCCGUUUCAGCUACACUCUCAAGCGAAGUCGCCGGCGAUUUGUCCCACGGCGUAACCAUUCCAGCGGGGGAGAUCCAUAGGAAUCAUGUAUGACGCCGGAAGUUGUGAUGGGGCCGCAACCUCUGGGGAUGCAGCUGAUGACAACAAUCAUGGACAGCCACAGCAAGCUAAUCAACAACAGGCACCUCCUGCUCCAACUUCUCGAAUUUCAGUCAGAAAAGCAGUAGAAGUAAUCCAGACAUUUGACGAAUACAAGUGGUGGCUCAUUGCUGAAAUUGGUUUUGGUGGAAUGCUAAAGCUACCCUUCCUCCAGAAGCUUAAUCUUAAGUUUAGCGCCUGGACUAUGAGCAAGGUCUGCGUUGAGCGUCGAGCGAUUGUUUUGUCAGAAACCAAGAUACUAAAGUUUUUUGUGGAAGACAUCCACAAGGUUUUUGGCAUCCCGUGUGGACACCGGAGUGUUAGAGGGCGUGAUGGUUUCAUCAAGCCAGAAGCUAUAACAUUCAUAAAGAGGACGCUAGGCAUGGACAGGACGGGAGUGCAUAGCCUGCGUGCGGCUGAGGAAUUCCUUCUCCGUGACAGAUCCAAGGAUUCUAGCAAGAUGGAGAAGGAUUGCUUUCAUAUUGCAUUUGUCAUUUUUGUUAUGGGACAUGUGCUGGCACCUAGAACAAAACAUGAUUAUGGCACCAUAGACUACUGGGGUGCAUUGGCAAAUACGGAGAACAUAUCACAAUUCAAUUGGUGUGAGUUUGUACUUGAGUUCUUGCUUGAGGCAGUCCGGCGGCUUAAGAAUGAUAUGAUGGCCAACAAUAUGAACGCCAAUCUGGUUGGUUGCCACUUGUUUUUACAGAUUUUCUUCCUUGACAAUGUCGACCUUGGAAUUUUCAACAAGAACCAUAAUGUUCUUCCUCGCAUUAGUGACUUCGAUCAGACCAGCAUCAAGAACAUGAUAACAAUGGCGACUGACAUUGGAAUGGGCCCUACAUCCUACUCGAAAUGCAUGAUUCGUCAGGGUAUUGAUCUAUGCUAUGCUGGUUGCAACAUUGCUGAUUGCACUGAGAGAACUUCCAACCAGCCAGUUGAAGGCGUCAAUAUGGAGGAAGAUGUUUAAAAGUUCACCAACGACAGGAAUGAUUCAGCUCAUGUAUCAUCUUCAGCAACCGGCAACCUAAUGGACGUACAUACACCACUACAUAUGCUUGGACCAAUGGACUUUAUAGAGCACAUGUGGAGCCGAUACCACAGUCUGGUUAGGGAUGAGUUGAGUUUUAUGCUGAAGGAGCAGAAUGCCAAAUGCCAGCGUGAAAUCAACACCGCCCGCGCAAAUAUGCAGGCAGACAUGAUCAAAUUCGUGGACAAACUAAUGGCGUCGAUUAGCAAGAGGUGCAUCUGCUGUACUGCUAGAGGGUUUACUGACUGUUCGGCAAGAGCAGUAGAUACAUUUCCAGAUGAUACACUGAGGACUCCGGUUGGACAGAAAAUACCAGGAGUCAGGCUCGAUAUGUCUACAUGCAAAGAUGGCAACUCUGGACCGAGUAUCCAUGGUGAUGAGCAGUCAGGCCGGCUAUAGAACAAGAGGUCACGACAUGAUGAAGGAGCAGUCGCAACAAUGACAUCUCAGAUACUUCAGUUUGCAAGGCAUACACUGCAGGCUAUCAGUGAAAUGUUUAUUGACUUGCCGGAUGACGGCAACACCACUGCGUUUGGACAGAAGGUAGAGGGACUUCCUGGAAGAAAAUAUGUAUUCAGAUCUGGAUUCCAAACAGACCCAUGGAUCAGGGGUGCUGUCUCGCUACCACCGCAACCGUAUGUUUGCCAACAAUUAGAAGGGUUCUUUACUACGGCACUGCCAGAAGAACUAUGCAGGAAUUUUCUUGUGCAUGAGAACCCAAGGUUCUUACGAAUAACGGGUUCAGCGUUGAAAAGCCAGCUUGUUGAAGAUGAGCUAAUCGACCAUGAGGUGAUGUCAGUCAUUAUCAGAAGGUAUUGCCAAUCUGAUCAGGAAGCCAACAAUACUCCCCAUACUUAACAUGGAGACACCCAUUUGAACCGGAAUUUUCUGCCAGUCUUAAAUACCUAUCCACAUCUUUGGCAACUUGUUUUUCAAUAUACAUUUAUUUUAUCCAUUCAUCGACGUUUGGAUUUGACUGAAUGUAGACGAUGGCACUAUCGGGUCAUGAUUACCUACAUACGGUGUCAAUCCAGAAAGCAUUCUGUGCCGACGCACUCAAAUAUGACAUCACAUCAGCUGAGUUGUUCUUGACGCUGGUCCCACGGCCUGAAGGAUGGAUUGUAGUUUUCUGGGACAUGGUAACCCGCCUCAUGUUUGUUAUUGAUCCAAUGUACAGCAAGAGAAGCCAUCCACCGACCACUCAGCAAAUAGACGAGAUUAUAGCUUGGAAGUUACAUGAUGCCUUGUUCAUUUGCUUGAAUGAGUAUUAUGCUAGCUGGCCCGUGAGGAAAGAUGGUUGGAAAGUCACCUUCCCCGCACUUGCUGAUAGCAUUUUCUCUCACUAUUGUGUUCCCCAGCCCCCUUUCUGUUACCUAAUCACGUGUAAUGUCAUA